AUGGAACAUGUUGGCUUUGGUAAAAGAAAUCUCAUUUUCAAAAUAGUGAAAUCCAAAUUGAAAAGGUCUCGCAAAGAUAUUGCCUUACAAAUUACUAUUCUAGCCACUAAAUAUUGGGUCUUUGCUUCAUAA